ACACAUUCAUGAGGAGCUGGAGGAGCAGUGCACAGUAUCAACAGUCGUGAGCAGCUUGAUUUCUGAUCAUUCAAAAAGGUGGACACCAGCAUGUUAAACAUGACUAAAUGGUUUAAGUCCUAUAAAACUGUCCCUCCUGCUGCCCCAUUGCCAGAAUUGGAUACACCAUGGAGGCCAGUGGAAUGGAGUGAAGAUAACAAAACUAAGAUGUUGAGAAAACUGAAGGAAUUCCAGCUCAGCACCCCAGACGUUAAUCAGCUCCGGAUUCUGCUUCAUGGCCCAAUUGGAGCAGGGAAGUCCAGCUUCAUCAACUCUGUCAACACCGUCCUACAAGGCCGCAACACAACAGCUGCACUGGCAAAUUCAGCAGCUGAUGUUGAAAGUCACAGCUUCACUGUGAAGUUUAAAUAUCAUAGGCUGAAGAAAGAUGGGCCGGGAUCUUUCUAUCCAUUUGUCUUCACUGACAUCAUGGGUCUGGAACAGUCAAUGGGAGUUUGCACAGAUGAUAUAAAAAACAUCUUAGAUGGUCACAUAAAAAAUGGCUACACAUUCAAUCCUGCAGGUCCAAUUGAGAAAGAUAACCAAUACUACAACAGCAGCCCCAGCCUGAAAGACAGAGUUCACUGUCUGGUGAGUGUUCUACCAGCACACAAAAUCUCCCUCACCUCUGACAAAGUGGUCUCCAAGAUGAAGGAGGUUCGACAAAAGGCACGUGACUUGGGAAUUCCCCAAGUCACCAUCAUGACCAUGGUGGAUGAAGUAUGUCCACUAGUUAAACAUGACCUGGAAAAGAUUUACACCAGCAAGAAAAUCAAAGAGAAGAUGCAGGAGUGCCGUGACGGUUUGGGGGUCCCAAUGAACUGCAUCUACCCUGUGAAGAACUAUAGCGAGGAGAUUACCAAUUACCUGCAUCUGGAUGUCUUGAUUCUGGUGGCUUUGAAAGACAUCAUUAUGUUUGCAAAUGACUAUGUAGAAGAUCAGAUUUAUACAGAAUAAGGUCCUCAAUUGUUUGUUUAUCAAAUGAGGGAGAUAUUAUGCAGUGUGACUAGUUCCAGAAAUGUGCAUAGAUGAAUCUGUCUCGUUAGACAGCUUUUUAAGGUCAUUUUUUACAGGUAUUCAGAUAUGAAACACAGCUAAAUGCUCUGCAGUAUGGCUUUGCUAAUGCUAGUGCUUGGAGGAGACCUGUGCUUAUCAUCACCAUCACUCUGUAGCUUCUUCAACAGAUGUCUCUAUUUGGCUAGUAUCGCUCAUAUACAUAGGCCAAUGUCACGGUUUAAUGUUAAACUGAAGUUUGAAUUAUCCUCUAGGUCAGAGGUCACUAAGAGGCGGAUUCAAGUCCGAGUUCGGACCCAGACGCUGUCCUAUGCGGACAUAGAUCUACAGUCAAUAAACUAUAGAGAAUGAUUUAAUUUCGGCAGGGUUUUACAGUUUUAAUCAGCAUAGCUUUUCUAGCCUUUACAGAGGGCCAAGAGAUUCACAGACCAAUCACAUGC